CCUCCACCCUCAGCAGCUUCUGGCAGUUCCAGAGGAUGGUCAAACACGUCACCGGGCGCAGCGCCUUCUUCUCCUAUUAUGGCUACGGCUGCUACUGUGGGCUUGGGGGCAGAGGGAUCCCUGUGGACGCCACAGACAGGUGCUGCUGGGCUCACGACUGCUGCUACCACAAGCUUAAGGAGAAUGGCUGCCAGCCCAUCUUGCACAGCUAUCAAUUCAGCAUUGUCAACGGGACUGUGGCCUGUGGAAGCACCCUGGGGAGCAGCUGCUUCUGCGGGCAGAAGGCCUGUGAGUGUGACAGGCAGUCUGUGUACUGCUUCAAGGAGCACCUGGACACCUACGAGAAAGCCUUCAAACAGCUCUUCCUCAGCAGGCCCCAGUGCGGUAGGCACAAACUCAGGUGCUAGGGAGACCACCAUCCCCCUGUCACAGGGCGCCUGCUCUGGUCCUAGUCCUUCUGGAAAGCUGUCUCUGACAUCUCCCAGCAGCCCUCAGGCUCCUGCAGCUCAGCAUUGUUGUCCAGGGAGUCUUCUCACUCAGUAUGGGCACUGGAGGUGAGAAAUGGAAACAGACCAAGCAUGGGUAUCUGGCAAUUAAGUGAGACAUUCCAACAGAAGUGCUAGGAAGCAAAAAAGCAAGGGAGCAGGGGUGUGAGGCCUCCCAUAAUUCCAGCAUUUGAGAGGUGGAGGCAGGAGAGGCAAGGAGUUCAGGGGCAGCCUCCACUACAUGAUGAGUUCAAGACUAGCCUGGGCUACCUGAGAUUCUGCCUCAAAGAAAUUUUUAAAAACUUUGAAAAGGAAAAGAAAACACACAGAGGGAUGGAGUUGAAAGGUGGUCCCAAACUCUUGUCCCAGGAAGAGAAGAGAGCCCCAGGAUGUAGCCUAAACUCUCCCAUACCCCGAGUCCAAGUCAGGAUAUAUCUGACUGGGGAACCAAGUCCUCUACACAGAGCUGGCUGGAAACAAAGCAGGUGUCACACAGAAAGCACAGCCCCAAGAAAGAGCCUCACCAGGUCUGCCCUCUGUAAAUCCUCCAGCAGGAAGCAGCCUGUUCUCCUGGCUCAGGAGGCGGGGCACAGUUAGAACCAUGGUGUGCAGCAUUACCACAAGGAUGUCAUGGUUCAGAUGACAUCGAGAAGUGGAGAACAGAUCUGGGACAGUGGAUCCAAGGCGUCUCAACCCC